AGAUCACUUCGGGAGGCCUUAGCUGAGCUGGGUCUGCCCCGCUUCUGACCUCUGCCUAGGGCCUUAGGCCCCCAGGGCCAGGGGCGGGGCUGAUUUCCCCAGCUUCCCGCUCCGGUGGGACUAUAACAAUGAAAGUAAAAGAGGUGGGGCGGGGGGCCAGGCGUGGGCUUCUUUGGUCCCAGGGCCCUGUGUCCUAAGCAGCCCCUCCCCCUGGUUUGUACUGGGGGAUCUGCUUGAGGUGAGUUUGAGGUCCCUGGGUCAGGGGUGGGCGGUUAUCAAGCCUGGUCUGGAACUUCUCAGACUGCCCUCGUCAGCCACAAACUCAGUUCUAAGUGCUCCCCAUCCCCCCAACGCCCUUUCCCUCCUCCUUCAAACCAUCACUAGAAAAAGUCUUGAGCCUUGCUCACCCGGAGCCAUCUGAGGUCCCGGGUACCCAUCUCCCCGACACACCAAUGACCCUCCUUGCACUGAGUGAACUGAUAAAAAACAAGUGGAGGUGAGCCCGGCCUCGAAGGGAAGGUUAGUGGGUGCGGUGGCCGCUCCGGGCCCGUGACACCAAGACGUACUCCGGGGCCCGCGGUGGGCAAGCCAAGUGGUGACCUGAGAGCUGAACCUGCUACGAGAAGGAAAAGCAGACAGGCCCAGACCAGGGAAAGGGGAGGAGAUAGAGCGCUGGGGCUGCUCGGAGGAGACCUGAGCCGGCAGUGCCCGGGAAGACCGCGCUCCUGGGCCGGAGACCCGGAGAUCAGAGGAUGCAGCACCGAGGCUUCUUCCUUCUCGCCCUUCUCGCCCUCUUGGUGGUCACGUCCGCGGUGGCCAAAAAAAAAGAGAAGGUGAAGAAGGGCGGAGAGUGUUCGGAGUGGACCUGGGGACCCUGCACCCCCAGCAGCAAGGACUGCGGCAUGGGUUUCCGCGAGGGCACCUGUGGGGGCCAGACCCAGCGCAUCCAUUGCAAGGUGCCCUGCAACUGGAAGAAGGAAUUUGGAGCCGACUGCAAAUACAAGUUUGAGAGCUGGGGGGCGUGUGAUGCGAGCACUGGCACCAAAGCGCGCCAAGGGACCCUGAAGAAGGCUCGCUACAAUGCCCAGUGCCAGGAGACCAUCCGCGUGACCAAGCCCUGCACCUCCAAGAGCAAGUCGAAGACCAAAGGUCAGCGGAUAUGGUGGGGUUGUGGAUCGGGGCUCCUUCACGCUCUCUCUACAGAGCAGGCAUCCAGUUAGGAAUGGGCAGGUGCUUGAGGGCCACUCUCAGGAGAUGCUAAACCCUCUGCCCAGGUAGGAACUACUCUUUCUGUUGGAUCGCCUGAUCUGGGUUCCCGGAAAAGGCUUGUCUUUGUCACCUGAGGAAGGUGGGGUAGGAUCAGGGAGGAGUUCACUUCGCGCUUAAAGCUCUAAGAAGUCUGUCCCCCAGGGACAUGCUGCGACCUGACUCCCAACAGCUCUUCAGGCCAACAGGGCAGAGGUCACUCUGCCCACUUCUCCUGUGAGGAGCUUGGACAUACUCUGAUCCUGGAUGAAAAUAGAAAGUGGAAAGUCAGGCUUGGCGGCUCCUGCCUAUAAAAACAGCAGCAGCACUCCAGGCCUGAGGCCGGAGACCGCCCUGCUGUUAGUUCAAGGUUACAGACUGAGACCUGAGACUAUCUUUUUUGUUUAAAAAAAAAAGGGGGGGGGGGUUAAAAAGUUGAAGGACUAAAGAAAGGCCUGGCAUCACAUGGCUGCCUCUUCCACCACUUCCAGGUUAACGCAUCAGUCGCCACUAGGGGGCAGGAUCGUCUCUCCCUGAUAGACUUGUCUGUGUUGUCUGGUGGGUCUGAGCUUGGUCACCCACCGCACUAACACAUUUCUUUAUUGUUUUCCAGCCAAAAAAGGAAAAGGAAGGGACUAAGGCGGGAGGCCUCUGGCCUCACCUGAAGCCUGGACGGAGCCCUCCUCUCCCGCAGGCCCAAGAUAUAACCCACCAGUGCCUUUUGUCUUCCUGUCAGCCUUGUCAAUCACGCCUGCCCUCUCACGCCCACACCAAGUGCCCAAAGUGGGGAGGGACAAGGGAUUCUGGGAAGUGAGCCUCCCCAUUCCCCCUUUUGUUCUCCCCACCCUGAUACCUGUUAUUAAGAAAUGAAUAAAAUAA